AUGAUAUUAUCAGACCUCAACACUCCUUUUGACAACUCUGAACAAACACCAGAGUCCACAUAUGACUGGCAACUCGACAGAGCCAAUUAUUCAGAACAACAAAUUCAAGAAAUGCCAACAUGGAUAAAAACAAACAAAGAGGAAUACACUGUUGAUGAACAAUAUGAUGUUGUUGACAUCAACAGUUUUAGCGAAAUGCAAAAACUUGCUUAUGACAUUGUUAAGUCUCAUUUUGAUGAUACACCAUCUGUGAAAGAACCAUUAUGUCUCAUUAUAAAUGGUGUUGCAGGAACUGGUAAAAGUUACCUUAUUAAUGCUAUUAGAAAUCUUUUGCAAAGUAAAUGUGCUGUUACUGCUACCACAGGUAAAGCAGCUUAUAACAUUAGAGGUGUAACUGUGCAUUCUCUAUUAAAGUUACCUAUAGGAUCAAGAGGUAAUAAAGACCUCACAGGACAAAGCUUGUGUAGGUUACAAGAGAGUGUUAAUAACAUUGGAUACAUCAUUAUUGAUGAAUACUCCAUGCUUGGCCAAGUUACUUUUGGUUGGAUAGACAAGCGUUGCAAACAAGCAACUGGUUAUAAUGACAAAGUAUUUGGAGGAAGAUCAUUGAUUUUAACCGGUGAUCCAGGUCAAUUGCCACCAGUAGCAGAUAAACCUCUUUACCAUGCUAAACCAUCAAACGCUGUUGGUGAACAAGGUCAUCAAGCAUAUCAUAUGUUUGACAAAGUUGUCAAACUCACUGUAAAUCAACGUGUGCAAGGUAUGACAUCUGAGCAAGUACAGUUGAGAGAUUUGUUAUUGCGACUUCGCAAAGGUGACUCAACUAUUGAUGACUGGAAAUUACUGCUGACACGCCAACCAUCAAAUGUCACUAAUUUAUGUGACUUUGAAGAUUCUACUAGACUCUUUUAUAGUAUAGACUAAAUUAAAUAUAGACUCUUUGUUGGUAAUUACAACCAUGAGCAGCUAACAAAACUUGAGCAUCCAAUUGCUCAUAUUAAUGCGCGCCAUUCAUCUGCAUUGGCCAAAAAGAUAUCCUCAGAUGAUAUGUCUGGGUUAGAACCCGUUGUGUUUUUAGCAAAAGGUGCUAGGGUCAUGUUAACCAUGAAUUUGUGGUCAAGUGUUGGCCUCUGUAAUGGGGCUACUGGCACAGUUGUUGAUAUUAUCUAUCAGAACAACCAUCAACCUCCUGACUUACCUAUUGCGGUAAUAGUAGAAUUUGAAAACUAUAGAGGACCUGUUUUUAAUGAAAACCAACCAUUGUGUAUCCCAAUAAUUCCAAUCACAGUUGCAUCACAGACAGAAAUAGGUUUCCAUGAGAGGCAACAGUUACCUCUUAGGCUUGCUUGGGCUCUAACAAUACACAAGAGCCAAGGACUCACACUUCCAAAAGCAUGGAUAGAUAUUGGCAAUCUGAAAGAACUGCUGGAGUUUCUUAUGUUGCUAUUAGCAGAGUAA